AUGGAAGCAAUACUUUCUCCACUUUCUAAUGCUGAUGGUUCUUGUGAAUUAAAAUCAAAUUUAUCUUUGGUGCUUUGUGGAGUUAUGGGUCCUGGUGAUAUUUCGUCUUCAAAACGACUCUUUGACAAAGCAAAUAUUUUCUUUUCUGUUAACAGAAUUCCACAAAAAAGUAAAGAAGAAUUAGCUUCAACAGUUCGCCCAUCUGUUUCUAAACCAAAUUCUUCAUCAUUAUCUUCUUUUGCUCAUACUUCUGAUCGUUUUAUUUCUUCUAUUGUUAAAGCAUCAAUUGACGAAUUUGCCUAUCCCCGAACUUGCAUUCAAAUUUGUACUCAAGAAUUAAAAGCUGACGGGCCAACAGAUGCUUUACAUUUAAAUUCUAUUUGUUUGGCACUUUUGGAUUCUGGAAUUCGAAUGCAUUAUGUAUUUGCUUCUGUUACAAUUGGAAUUAGGUAAAACGUUAAUUUAUCAAAAAAAUACUUUUUCUUUGUAAAUAUUUUUUUAAGAAUCUUAAAGUCCUUUAAAGUAAAUUUAGUGAAUUAGUUUUUAAUUUUUCGAGAAGGGAUUUUUUCGGUUUAUUGGGAAUACUCCAUGUCCCUUUAUCAGACCCGUAACCAGGAUUUUUUCAGGGGAGGGGCCAAGGG